AUGGACAUGUCAGGAAUGUCCGGAAUGGGCGGGAUGGACAUGUCCAGCGCGGGCAUGUUCACGCCAACGAAUAAAAAGGUGGCGCAUCUGUACUGGUACUUGGUCAGUGCGGUGGUGGGUGUCCUUGUGGUUCGGAGAGUGGUCGAUCGAACCAGAAUCCUCUUGAGGAAACAAAAAUCCCAGAACCGACCGGGCCAGAUUCCAGGGAGGCCGCAGAACGCCCUCGAGCAACUCUACGACACCACCAUAGCCGUGUGCAGGGAGCUGGCAUACCCUCAACUGUGGACGUGCACCGGCAAAUUUACCAAAUACUUUACUCCCCCUUCCUUAGGAAGAUGUCUGCUGCUUCUCAUCUAUUGGGCCGUCAUUCUGACGAUGCUCUGGUCGAAUGUCCUCCUGACGCCCUCCUCGCCCAACUACGCCUACAAAUGGGAGAUUGUGGGGUUUCGUGCUGCUUGGGUCUCGGUCACCCAACUACCCUUGAUUUACAUUUUGUCGGGGAAAGCCAACAUCAUCACCAUCUUGACCGGCAUCUCCUAUGAAAGAUUAAACUGGCUGCAUCGCUGGGUCAGCCGCACCAUUUUCCUGACCGUCAUUGUCCACUGGUCUUACUUCUUCACCGAGUGGUCCAUUGCCGACUUUGUCAGCUUGGAGCUUGAAUGGAUGCCUAUGGUCAAAUAUGGAUUCGGUGCGUGGGCGACGUUGGGUUGGAUGGUCAUCACCGGGUUCGGCUUCUUCCGGAAUCUCUCGUAUGAGCUCUGGUUCCUGCAGCAUCUCGCGGCAGCCAUGGUCCUGCUGUGGCUGGUCCAUUCUCACGUCCCUUCCUACGCACAAUACAACGUGUGGUUUGCAAUUGGUGUCGUUGCCUUCGACCGGCUUGUCCGGACAGUGAUGUCGUUGGUCAUCAACCUACACCUCAUUCCCAACAAAAGGGAGAGUGUUCCGUCUGGCCGCCGUAUCGGUUAUGAAGCCGAGGUCAAGGCUCUCUCCGGCGAGUUUCUGCAAGUCAGAGUGCGAAAUGUCGCAAUGUCUUGGCGGCCUGGUCAGCAUGUGUACCUGUCCAUUCCUCGCGCCGGCAUCGUCGAAGCACAUCCCUUCACCAUUGCCAGCGUCCCGAAAUCAAUCACUGGAGAAAGUGGGCCGAACACUGUUGACCUAUACAUGCGGGUGCACAAUGGAUUCACCAAAAGGCUGUUCCGUCAAUGCCGAAACCAGCUGACCUCACGGACCUUCCUCUCAUUCAUCAGCGGACCAUGGGGAAACCCUCCCUCUAUUGAACGGUUUGAAUCAAUGGUCUUCGCGGCUACGGGCAAUGGCGUGUCCUUUACGCUGCCUAUCUUUCAACAAGCCGUGCUGACCAAUAAUAACCUGCGGCAGAUUUCCUUUGUUUGGAUCUUCCGCCAAGCGGAGCAGCUGGACUGGUUUAAGGAAGAGUUGCUCUCCGCCUGGGGGGCAGCCCGGCGGCGCAACAUCAAAAUAAACAUAUACGCUUUCAUUACUGGAAGUGGACAGUCUCGAACCCCGUCGGCAUCAGAGAGCUAUGCACUGCUCGAUCCAACGUUAGGUUCAGAGUAUUCACACGCAGAAAAAGAAGCCAACGGGGCGCCGACUAUGGACAAAAUGCCGAGCACCAUUAAGCUUUCCAUGGAGAAGACGGAAAUAGGCAGCGUGAGCGAAAACUCGGUCUCGUCGUCCUCUUCGCUGAAUGAGCAGCCCACAAUACAGAUCGGCUACGGUCGCCCGGAUUUUGAUUCUCUCAUCCAUCCCGUGGUGGAAUCGGCAUGGGGCGAGACAGGAAUUCUCGCCUGCGGUGCCAGCCAAUUUUCCGGGCAAUUAAGGAAUUAUGUCGCACAGCUGUCUGACGAGAGAGCCGUCCAUAAAGGAACCGGCGCUCAAGGUAUAUAUCUGUUCUGUGAGACUUACGGGUGGUGA